AGUCUCAAAGUAGCAAAAGUAGACAAUGUCUUGACAAUGUUGUAUACUUUUUAGCUAAAAUAUGCUUUAAGCUAAGCUAACAAAUAAUUGUCCUUAGUAGCAAAGACAACAAAAAGCUUUGAUACUUCGCAGACUGUGGAAGAUACAAUGACCACCUUCUGAUCCUGGAGUAAUCCAAAGGCAGACACAUGUAGGAUAGGUUAAUGGCCUUUUGAUGACUGGUUCUGGUUUUUGCCUGUGCUUGUAUUUAUUUUUUUUGACCUGGCAACCCUGUGGAGGACGUCCACACUGAGUUCUCUGUGUCCGCCAAGUGGUGAAUUUAGGCACUUACACUUAAUCUAUACCAUAAUUACCACUCACCCUCUCGUGUCUGUCUGAGGCAUUCAACAUAUUCAGCAUUUCUGCCAGUCCGCUCAGCUGCGGGUCGUGGAGGGACGGCUGUCACGUAGGAGAAGGAGCAGGCUGGUGGAGUAGCAUGAGGAAAGGAAGGAGUUAUCUUUUUAUUCUUGUCUCGUUUUGCUGGUCUUUUUUCUUUAGGAUGGAUGCUGUUCAUUACAAAAACUAUUAUGAAGAGUUUUAAUCAAACAGUUCAUCAUUCAUUACUGAUCCUCAUAUUAAAACUUUGAUACAAAGAUUUUAAAACUAUAAUAACUAAUUUUUACUCAGAUAAAAUAUUUUUCAUUGUAUCUCAAAAUGUUUCACUGAAACCCCAUUUGGUUUUGAGUAUUUAACAAGGUUUUAUAUAGACCAUGGAUUCAUGUAGUGACCCCGAGCAGCAGAACGGAAACUUGGAAUUAACUGAGUUAGAGGCCAGUAAUGUUGAGUGUGAGAUUAUGCCUUCUCUGUGUGAUGGAAGACCUGAUGGAUCCAAAGGGUUCACCCCGAGCAUCAAUGGCCACGUGUCCAAGGAGCUGACUGAAUCAGAUCCCUUGCUUUCUAAUGGCCGUCUAUGGACAUCAAAUGUCUCCGGCCCUGUUCCACAGCAGUGUGAGGAACAGCGGCCAGUCUGUGUUCAGUCAAAGCCAAAUGAAUCAGUGUGUGUCAUGGUACUCCAGAUACUGGUUCCAUUCCUCCUGGCAGGUUUAGGGACUGUGAUGGCUGGCAUGCUGCUUGAUGUAGUGCAGCAUUGGAGUGUGUUUCAGAAAAUAACAGAGAUUUUCAUCCUGGUGCCAGCUUUACUUGGCCUAAAAGGGAACCUGGAGAUGACACUGGCAUCCAGACUGUCUACAGCGGUGAAUAUUGGCAAAAUGAACUCAUCUAAAGAGAAGUGGAACUUGAUCAUUGGAAAUCUUGCUCUCAAGCAGGUUCAGGCCACAGGCCUGGGUUUCCUUGCUGCACUGGCAGCCUCAGCGCUGGGAUGGGUUCUGGACAAGAAACUUGUCAUCAAUUAUGCAGCACUGUUAUGUUGCAGUAGUGUGGUGACAGCCUUCACAGCAUCAUUAUUGCUAGGUAUCAUUAUGGUGGGAGUAAUUAUUGGCUCAAAGAGAGCAGGCAUCAACCCAGAUAACAUAGCAACACCAAUUGCAGCCAGUUUUGGUGACCUCAUCACUCUAGGACUGCUUGCUGUUAUAAGUCAAGGGUUCUUCAACUGUAUGGAACGCUGCCCCUAUGUUGCCUAUGUGGUGUGUGCUUUCUUUCUAUGCCUGACGCCAGUCUGGGUUAUAAUGUCAUUUCGUCACACAGAGAGCCGCAAGCUGCUGUAUUGUGGUUGGGAGCCCAUAAUUACAGCCAUGGUUAUCAGCAGCCUGGGUGGACUCAUUUUGGACAGAGCCAUGACUGAUCCAAAUCUAAUGGGACUCGUGGUUUACACACCUGUUAUUAAUGGUGUUGGUGGUAACUUGGUGGCCAUUCAGUCAAGUCGUAUAGCGACAUACCUUCACUCUACGUGUUCCUUGGGGAAGUUGCCUGAGGACACCAAAAGCUGUUACUGUCCGUUCCGCACCUUUUAUGGCAAAGGUCCAAACAGCAGGACAUCUCAGGUGCUGCUUCUCUUGGCUAUCCCAGGUCAUGUUCUCUUUCUCUACAUCAUUAACCUCAUGCAAGGUGGUCACACAAUCCCAACACCAGUCUUCACUGCUCUUUACUUAGCAGCAGCUUUUACACAGGUGUUUCUCCUGCUGUGCAUUGCCGAUUGGAUGGUACACUGCUUGUGGAGAUAUGGUCGUGACCCAGACAGCUUUUCUAUUCCAUAUCUGACAGCUUUGGGAGAUUUGCUGGGCACUGGUCUUUUGGCUUUGUGUUUUCGUCUGCUCCAGGUCAUCAGUGAUGUGGACGAUCAUUUGGGUGACUAGAAGAUGCCACAUUACUUGUGAAAAAAGUGAUUCUGACUCUGUGAAGAGUUACCAACCACUGUUUUUAAGACGUCUGUCUUACUUUGGACAACUAUUAAAUAAUGUAAUAAAUAAUUAAACAAAAAUGAUAAAUACUUUUUUUAUUUGCUCGCUUGAAGGGAGAAGUUUUAAUCUUUAAACAUACAUUAGAUUAUCUAGCAUUUCUAAGUUUGAGUGGAUGGCGGUGGAGCCUAAAUCUGAAACUGUUCGCAAUGCUUGUUUUUAAAUAUAGAAACUUAUGUAAAUAUUCUUCCUUUUGUUAAAAUGUUGAAAAUGUCUGACACUGAAAUUUGUGGUGAGGAUGGAAAUGGAAAUAUUCUCCUGAUCAUUCAUUACUCUAUAAAGAUCAUAUCUAUGCAGGUGUUGCUGCACAAUAGAACAGUGCACCAUUAUUGCAAAGUCUGUUAAAUCCUUCAUAAGAUGUUUGAUUUGUCUGUCUAGCAGUGCUACAAGCAAGUCUUUCUGAAAAUUUACUUGGCCUUCCAGACCUCAACCUGACCUUCACCAUUCCAGAUAACAGUUGUUGUAGAUAGGGGUAUAUUGUAUCUGAACUGUUUGAUUCUAUUAUUGUAUAAUAAAAAUAUUUAUUUGUAUAA